CGCAAAGUCGUCGAACCAAAAGUUGACUUAAUUUGUUUUCUUCAAUAAUUUUUUUUUUUUUUGAUAAAGAUUAGCUCCAAUAUAAAUACCUCACUAAACUGGUCAACAUGUGAGAAAGGAGCAAUGAUAAUGAAGAAAACAACUCAAGCUUAUCUUCUUCUAAGUUUAGUUCAUAUACUUCUAUGUCUAUCCUUUCAGAUUCGUGCCAUUGAGGCUAUACGCCCUCUCCUAGCUGAUCCACCAAGUCAAAUCCGAAAUCCACCACCACCCUCGCCUGUAUGGCCCUCUCCACCAUGUGGAUCUAAUAUCGGAAGUCAAGUUACUGCAAUAAGAGAGAAGUCUUGUAGACAAAUUCCAAGGCCUCCUAAAACCAAAGAGAAGAAAACUCCAAAGCCUCUUAAAACCAAAAAGAACAAAAUUUCAAGGCCUCCUGCAGCUAUUCCGUGAUCUCCAAACAAGAGUCUGCAGCAAAGACGUUAACAGAUAAAACUAUGAUCCUUUUUGGAAUACACCUUAUCCUUUGAAAAUUCAUGAAGUAUUUUGUGGAUUGUACAACAUUUUGUGUUCGCCUCGUUCUUCAAUAAAUAUAUUAUCUUAAUUUUACUAUCA